UUUUCGCCCUUUUCUCUCCACCAUCACACUGGCUCUAGAUCCUCGCAAUGGAGACCAAACCGGUCAUCACCUGCCUUAAAACACUCCUCAUCGUGUACUCCUUCGUCUUCUGGAUAACUGGAGCUAUCCUGUUGGCAGUUGGAGUAUGGGGGAAGUUAAUGCUUGGCCCAUACAUCUCUCUGAUCGCUGAUAACUCCACCAACGCCCCCUAUGUCCUCAUUGGCACUGGGACUGUCAUCAUUGUCUUUGGCCUGUUUGGAUGUUUCGCCACCUGCAGAGGAAGCCCAUGGAUGCUGAAACUGUACGCCAUGUUUCUGUCCUUGGUCUUCCUUGCGGAGCUGGUUGCUGGGAUCUCUGGAUUUGUGUUCCGCCAUGAGAUUAAAGGAACCUUUCAUAGGACCUACACUGAUGCAGUCAUCAACUACAAUGCUGAGGAUGAAGCUAGCCGUGCUGUUGACAACUUGCAGCACAGGCUACGCUGCUGUGGAGUGUACAACUACACCAGCUGGUUCGGCAGUGUCUAUUACCCAUCCAAUGGUAUUCCUGCUAGUUGCUGCUCCAACUCCUCUGACUGCCACCAAGAAGACCUCCGUAAUGCAACUGUGGCCCCAAACAAAGUCUACCACCAAGGAUGCUAUGAGCUGGUCACUUCAUUUAUGGAAACCAACAUGGCCAUCAUUGCUGGUGUGACGUUUGGGAUUGCCUUUUCACAGUUGAUUGGCAUGCUUUUGGCCUGCUGCCUGUCGAGGAUCAUCACAGCCAAUCAGUAUGAGAUGGUGUAGUUUGUACGCAGUUGAGGAAAAGGGGGCAAAAAAGAAGAAAGCUAAGAAACAGAGAAGUAAAUUUCCUAACAAACAAAUCUCUCUGCCUGGGAUCUUAAUGAAAUAUCUUUAUGUAUCUUACUGUAAAGCAUCAUUCCUUGACUCUCUGCUGAUUCAUCACAGCUUUUGAUACCACACAUUACCCAUGCACAUAGUAGUUUUUUGCCCCUGUCACAUAUGUUGGUGCUUCAAGUAUGUGACUAGGAAUAAAAUGUGGCUUCUUAAACGGUUGGUUACUGCAUGCUUCACUGACCAAGUCAACGCACAUGACCACCUUUUUACAAUACAGUAAACCUUGAAGUAAUACUUUGAUAGAUAGUUUUUUGUUUUUUCAUCAUUGUAUAUUCUUAUGGUUAAGAUAUUUUGCAAACUAACUACUGAUAAUAUUGUGGAAGACAUAGUAAGUUUGAAAAUGACCAUUAAACAUACAAAAGAGUAAAGUAAAUAUUUUGAGCAUGAGCAUAUCUUUUAUAGAAAAUUAAUUUACUUGAUGCAGGUAUAAAUUAUUUAAAUGUUGCCAAAAAUAUAAAACAUGCUCUUUUAAUUCUUGUAUCUUAGGCCUUCUUCUUUAAAAAUAUGUUUUGAUAAAAAAUAAUUUUGCACACUGUUUAAAAGCAUAAAUAUUUAUGCAGCUCCAGAAC